UUCUCCACGAGCCAAUCGCGUAGAAGGAUGUUAGGCCUUGGAAGGUAGAUUUUGGCGCUUAUCACUUACUUGUCAUGCUUCCUUUUCAAACUUCUCACCACAAUCCACAUCAUCUCCUUCUCCCUUCCUCUUCUCUCUCCCUCCCUCCCAUAUUCAUGCUCCUUGCUCCCUGCAACAAAAAUGUCCGUACCAAACCCCAAUAAUAAUUUUUCAAAGCACCAAAAUAUCCCUAACGCGCUCAUGACUCAGAACCACCUUAUCGGCUCACUCACUUCUCACAUCUCUCUCUACCACUCCCAAUCCAACCCCCCCUCCUCUCCAAACCCUAACCCUAGAUCGUCAAUCUUAAAAUGGUUUAAAUCUCUCUCCGUUCAUCAACGCCAAUCCCACUUAACUACCGUUGAUUUCAAAUUCACUCAAAUCCUCCUUCAAAUGCUAGCCAAAUUACACUCUCACGGUCACUGCCGUUUCAUUAUCCUCCCCGAUCUCCUCUCACGCGACCUCCCUAGCCUCUGCUUUAAGAAAUCACGUGGGCUGCUGUCCAGAGUCGCUGAGUCUAAUGAGUCGGAACGACUGAUUUUUGAGUCGACUCGGUUGUUUAGUUCUAGAGAAGGGGAGAAAGUGGACGAUUGUAGGAGUGGAGCUGAGGGUCUGGAUUCGGUUACGGUUAGCGAGGAUUUAAUUGAAAAUGUUGAAAAGUUUGUGGAGUUGAUGGAUGACAUUUCGAAUGGGGGGUUUUUGAGAGGGGAAGAGAGCGAGUUAGGGACGGAUUGGGUGGAAUUGGAGUGGUUAAAAGUGAGAGGUUAUUAUUGUAUCGAGGCGUUUUUAGCGAACAAGCUAGAAGUGGCGUUGAGGCUGGCGUGGUUGAAUUGUGGGAAUGGGAAGAAAAGAGGGGUGAAGUUGAAAGAGAAAUUGAGUGCCGCAGGUGUGGCAGCUAAUGUGUUUUGGAGGAGGAAAGGGUGUGUUGAUUGGUGGAGGAAUUUGGAUGCGGAAGUAAGGAGGAAGGUUUUAAAUUUUGCGCUUGGGAAGGCGGCAAAAUCAUUGACUCGUGAAAUUCUGAAGGAUGUGAGUGGUGUAUCGGGGGAUGAGCUGUCACUGUUUAGAGCAGGAGUGCAGCGACCUUGGAGGGACUUGCAUGCUGAAUCACGGCAAAGGAUUUUCCUAAAACUUCCAGCUGAUGCGGAAUUUGGUUUGGCCCCAAAGCCUUCUUUUUCUGGGAAAGAUGCUUCUUUUGCAAAUAUAUUUAAUAGUUUAUUCGUGCUUCAGGAUAUUGUUAGUUUGGUGUUGCCAGAUCAGGGUAGUGAGUAUGAUACAUCACAUAUAUUUUUUAGCAUGCUGGGUUCUCUUGGCACCCUUUCUGAUUGUAUAUUAAGAAAACUACGAGGACUUGUGAUGGUUAUUUCACUUGAUUGCACAAGGCUUGAACUUCUCGGAGAGGGAACAUCAAACUCUUCAGCCAAUAAACCUAGCGAAAAGCUCGGUGCAGGUAGUCGUAGAAAAAAGGGGAAGACUCAAAAUAUGAAAAAGCUGAUGAACCCCACACCAGUGAAAAGUGUUGACGAGUCUUCCUUUAAGAAACUUGCCGAGGAUAUCAAAUGUGCGCCAGCCUGUAUUAAGAAGACAGAGUUGAUGGAGUCCAAUGAGAUGCCUGGCAUUCCUCAUGAGAAUGAAAAUCACAGAGACAUAUCAUCUCCAACAGUUGAAAUGGAACACACACAAGGAUUGGUUCAUGAAAAAAAACGAACUGCUGGAAGGAAGAACAGGAAAGGAAGAAACAAAAAGAAAAAAUCUAGCUUUAGCAAUCCAGUUGAAGUAAGAAAACCUGAAAUUGCCGUUUCAGAGGCUCCCUCCUUUUCUGUUUGCUCAUCAGACGAGGAAGCAAAGCUUUGUAGGUUAUCUGACAAUUUGACUACACAGAAAGCAUCAAAUGAUAGUUUAAUUGAUCCUUCAAUUAAUGAGCCCACCAGGAAGGAGAUAGAUGCCCUUGGCAUUCCAGAGGAUCAUGCUGUUGGUUGCACUGAAGGCAUCUCUGAUGCAGGUCUGGAGCAUUACCGAUCUUCAAAUGGUUUUGUUGACAAUAAAAGUAUGCCAUCCAGAAGAGAGACACGUUGUGGGGUAGGCCAGAAUAUAAUAUAUCAAGUUGCAACCACAAAGGAGCUAAUAACUGUUUCUAGCAAUGAAGGCACCAGCUUUUUGAACAAAAAAACUGAGGUUAAAUUAGAUGUUGGCAACAAAUUAGUCAGAACCCAUGAAGUGAAAGAGGUACCCACCUUAAAUCGGGGAGAAGAGAGUGAAAAUUUUCAUGAAAGUGGAUCCAAAGGCCUUUCAGAUUGCCUUUCAUAUGAGUGGCCUAGUUUAGGCCCCGUCUACUUUCCAUCUAUAAAUUCACAUCUUCCACCUGCUACAUAUAGAUUGCAUCUGGAUGUUGGUCACAACUGGCAUAAUCACAUUCAUCAACCUUUUUUACCUACGGUGCAUCAGGCUAGAAAUUCUCCUAUUGAAGGUGGAUCCAAUAGGAUGUUGUCUCAACCAUUGCCAAUGAGUUUAGAUUGGCCUCCAAUGGUUAGGAGCAACUGUGGAUUAGCUCCGACUAUGACAUGCAAUUAUGAUUCAGGAUUUAUCUCGAGGCGGCAAUCUACUUUUCAGAAAAGUUACACCGCUAAGAACAUGCAGUACAUCUCAAAAACCUUUGAUGACGAGAGGAGGUGUUCUGGGGAUGCAAUUGACUUUACUGAAGCAACAAGUUCACAGGAACUAAUGGAUGAAUAUGAAAACCAUUGGAUAUCAGAGGAAGAAUAUGAGGUGCAUGCAGUUUCUGGGAUAGACUAUAAUCAGCACUUCGGUGGCGGUGUGAUGUACUGGGAUCCUUCUGAUCAUCCAGGUACUGGUUUCUCUCGACCACCUUCCCUUAGUUCUGAUGAUAGCGGAUGGCCUUGGCAUGAAGCAGAGCUGAAUAGGGCAGUUGAUGAUAUGGUUGCCUUCUCAUCUUCUUAUAGUACAACUGGAUUGACUUCCCCAACUGCUGCUUCAUUCUGUUCUGCUUUUGAUCCUUUGGUCCCUGGACACCAGGCACUUGGUUAUGUUAUGUCAGGAAAUGAAGUACCUGGUAAAGCUAUGCUUUCAUCAACUGUGACAGAUGCUGCUGCAGAGGAGGAUGUCUCUGGAUCUUUGGCCAGUUUAUCUAGUGAUGUUGAAGGCAAGGCAGGAGAUUCACUUCCUUACCCAAUUUUGCGGCCUAUUAUCAUUCCAAAUAUGUCAAGGGAAAGAUCAAGAUCUGAUUUCAAGCGUAGUCUUGAUCACAAAAGCCCUUGUGUUCCUCCUACUAGACGGGAACAUCCCCGGAUAAAGCGGCCACCAUCACCUGUAGUGCUUUGUGUUCCACGGGCUCCCCGUCCUCCACCACCCUCUCCUGUGAGUGACUCUAGAAAGCACAGGGGUUUUCCAACUGUUAGGUCUGGUAGCUCCAGCCCAAGACAGUGGGGUGUGAGAGGUUGGUACCAUGAUGGAACUAAUUUGGAGGAAGCUUGUGGACGUAUGGAUGGUGCUGAAGUUGUUUGGCCUUCUUGGAGAAAUAAAAAACUUUCAACCCAUCCAAUGGUGCAGCCACUCCCUGGGGCUUUGCUGCAAGAUCGUCUAAUUGCAAUGUCCCACCUAGCCCGUGAUCAGGAUCAUCCAGAUGUUUUGUUUCCUCUUCAACGAGCUGAGAUACAGAAUUGCCCUACACGAAAGGCUUCUCUUUGCUUAGUACAGAGCCUUCUUCAUGAUGAAAUUGACUCUUUUUGUAAGCAGGUUGCUGCAGCAAAUAUGGCCAGGAAACCUUUCAUUAAUUGGGCUGUCAAGCGGGUUACUAGGUCUCUCCAAGUUCUAUGGCCUAGGUCCAGGAUAAAUAUCUUUGGAUCAAGUGCAACUGGUUUGGCCCUUCCAACAAGUGAUGUGGAUCUUGUGGUUUGCCUCCCUCCAGUGAGGAACUUGGAACCUAUCAAGGAAGCUGGGAUUUUAGAGGGUCGUAAUGGUAUUAAAGAAACUUGUCUUCAGCAUGCAGCUCGGUAUCUUGCCAAUCAGGAGUGGGUAAAAAAUGAUUCACUGAAGACUGUGGAGAAUACAGCUAUACCUGUUAUUAUGCUUGUAGUGGAGGUUCCCACUGAUCUGAUCACCUCUACUGCUUCUAAUGUACAAUCACCAAAGGAGGAGCCAAUUCAUUUGACUGUUGAACAUGACAUCCAAGUCCAGUCCAAUAUGGUUGUUUUAGAGGACUCAAUUUCACCUAAGUGCACACAACUUAAUUGUGAUAGCAAAAGGGAUGUGAAAUCAAUUCGUCUUGAUAUCAGUUUCAAGUCUCCAUCUCAUACAGGGCUCCAAACAACGCAACUGGUUAAAGAUCUCACGGAACAAUUUCCAGCUGCAACACCUCUUGCUUUGGUACUGAAGCAGUUCUUGGCAGAUCGUAGCCUUGACCAGUCCUAUUCUGGAGGUUUAAGUUCCUAUUGCUUGGUGUUGCUAAUUAUACGUUUUCUACAGCAUGAGCAUCAUCUUGGCCGGCCUAUCAAUCAAAAUGUCGGAAGCCUUCUAAUGGAUCUUCUUUACUUCUUCGGGAAUGUGUUUGAUCCUCGCCAAAUGCGUAUCUCAGUGCAGGGAAGUGGAGUAUAUAUAAAUAGGGAAAGAGGUUAUAGUAUUGAUCCAAUACACAUUGAUGACCCUCUUUUCCCAACAAAUAAUGUGGGGAGAAAUUGCUUUCGAAUACAUCAAUGCAUCAAGGCUUUUUCAGAAGCUUAUUCUGUUUUGGAGAAGGAGCUGGCAUGCCUUCCUGAUGAAGGUGAUACAUGUUCAAGGCCAGCACACAGAUUACUUCCAAAAAUUAUCCCAAGUAUUGAUAUUACGGGGAGUUUAAUUAUCUGAAGAAUUUAUAUUCUUCGAAGGAAAUUAUUUCCAGGGACUGUUUCCAUGACGUUGAUUUCCAGAUCAGAUGUGGAAGAUACCUGUCAAUGGCUGGUGCUUCCAUAUUUCUGUUUGGCCUGUCAGACUUGAGGUGUCCUGCAUUUUCCAGGAAGUUCAGCUUGAGUUGACAUGUCAUCUGGUGUUUGACUACUGAAUUGGGUUGAAAAUGAGAUCAUGUGAAGAGGCAGAGGGAGACUAUGGGCCGAGUUUAGAGUUCAAAUCUUAGUUGGUCUGUUCUAAUCAAGCCAGGAUGCUGAUUGGUUUUCGGGUUAUAACUGGAAAUAUAAAACUUGGUUUCAUGUGCUCUUUACCUUUUUGAAAAGGUGAGACAUAUUCUAUGAUAGCGUAGAACCCAGUUUUCCUGUUUUCAAGCCCAAAAAGUGAGUUGAAAUACAGUCUGAAUCAAUCCAGAGUCUGCAGCUGACACUGUCUCGGUUUUCAGCCCAUAUCUGAAGUUGUAAAAGUCAGGAAAAUGCAAGACCAGAUGCGUUGGAAAGAUGAUUUGAAGGGAUACAAUUGUUCUAGAAAUGGAAAAUUUGUAAUUCACACGUGCUUCCUCAAAAUCAGCCCGCAACCUAAGCAAAAAUAUCUGGCAGAUAAGGAAAACGAGUUCCCUGUCAUGGGAGGAUACGACCAAGAUAUAAAUCCUCUUCAUAACAACUGCUGGGGAUGGAGAACAGAGGGACACGCUAGACACAAUACAAUAGGGAGGAGGCAGCAUUUGGAGGAAAAAAGAAGACCAGGAUGAUUGACGCAAGAUACGGCUAUCCUUCAAGAAGUCAAUUUCUUCAACUCUAGAGAUGUUUAUCAUCGUAUCACAUAUAAUUUCUUUUAAUUUGACUAUGGAAUAAUUUCUUUAUUCUGGGAUUUUUGAUAUAGCCUAACUAUGAUUAUGGGAAUAUCUUUUUUGAUUGAAUCAAUUCAGGAUUUGUGGAGUAUUUUAUUAUGAA